GAUCUAAUGGCAUUACCUUUCACAGGUUUCCCAAAGAUGAAGAGCUGAGAAAGCGAUGGGAAGCAGCUGUCAGAAGGGUCGGGUUUUCUGCUAGUACUUCAUCCGUGCUCUGCAGUGACCAUUUUAGACCAGAAAACCUUGACAGGACGGGUCAGAGAGUCCGGGUCAGAGCUGGAACUGUUCCUUCAGUCUUCCGUUUCCCAUCUCAUCUCCACGGGCCUGCAGAUCCCAGGAGAUCACAGACCUCAAAGAAGUCACGGAAGAUUCUGUCCCUGGACUGGUCCCAGCUGAUGCAAGAGGACGAGCCCCUGCCAUGGAAACAUGACCACUCCUAUGCUCUGCCUUCAUCCAAAGAUGAGCUGAGGGCCAGACUCAGGGAAGCCUUGGCUCGGGUGGAGAGUCUGGAAGAAGAUUUGAGGUCAAAGAGCACUGAGAGUGAUCUUCUGGAGGAUCUCCGGGUGAAGAAACUCAUAAAUGAAGAGUUCAAAGAACAGCUCGAUACAUCAUACUCAGAGGACCAGCAGCUGUUGGUGAUUAAAGAAGAGGAGGACCUUCAUCUGUGGAGCUCCAGUUUGGACCAGCAGGACGUAGAACUUGUUAAAAUAAAGGAGGAAGAGGAGGAACUCUGGACCAAUCAGGAGGGAGAGCAGCUCGCAGUGAGGAGUGAAGACGAUGACACGCCUGAGGUAUUCCAGCUUCAUCGAAUCGAAGUUGAAGACAACAGAGAGACACAAACGGAUAAUGGAGAGGUCUGUGGAGGACCAGAACCACACCGAAACCAUGACCCAAAUAUUUUACAGACGAAGAACGACCAAAGGGCUUCAGAUUCUUCUGAGACUGAAACAGCUCCGGAGCACCACUCCAACCACAUCAUCAGCUGCACAAAGUGCAUCAGUGACAACACGCCCUUCAGGCAGCCGGGCUUCAACAUCGACCACACCCACAACUCCACCUGCUUCAAAACGAAAGAGGUGUCAGAUGUGCCCAAGCAAUAA